UAUGUUUUAUACGAUCAGGCAGCACAUUUUUUUUGACAACUUUUAUUGUGAAUGUAACUCGAUUGUGACUGCUUCUGAUUGCAUUUUGUUUUAUUGAAGUGCUAAGGGCGGGCAGUCAAUCGUUCGUCGAAGAUUCUAAUAUAUAUUUUGCAAAAAAAAACAUUUGUCGCUUUUGAUAUUAACGUGCGGGCUGCAAAAAGCUGUAGAAUUUCAUUAAAAGAUAUUUAAAUUGUACGCUUUCAACUUGCCAUUUUUUGGUGUACUUUGUAAACAAUGAACUUCAGAAGAGGAGAAACGCAGGAGUUCUACUUCAAAGAUUCUAAGGCGUAUACUGAAGAUAAUAUAUUAAUAUACAAUGUAUUUGUUUAUAAAGUUCCUGUUAUGGUGACAGAAACUGAAGCAAUGGUUUAUUUCACCAGGUAUGGCGAUAUCAAACAGUUGAAUUUUUAUCGUGGUGAUCGCCAUAAGUUAGCCCGUUUUAAAGUGGGUUUUGUAAAUUUUAAUGAUCCGUACGCAGCUGCCAGGGUUUUAAAAAGACCGCGCCAUUCAUUUAAAAGUUAUCAAGUUUUUGUAAAGCCAUGCUAUAGUUGGACUCAACCACAAGUUGAGGAGACUAUAUCAACUGCUGAGUCGCAACUUAUGGAGCCGUCAUACAUUUUGAAUUUAAAUGAUGAUUGCCUUUUAUAUAUAUUCCAAAUGUUGGAGUUUCGUGCACAGCUGAAUUUUGCUCGUUCAUGUGAUCGUUUUAAAGCUUUAUUUCUACAAUAUAAUAAAAUUAAAGAUUUAGAUCCAGUAAUAUUCAACAAUGUUACAAUUUUUGAAGCGCAUGAAUUCUUCAAAAUUGCUGGUGAUGAAAUAAUAAAUAUUGCAGGGCCCCUUCCAUUGCGUGAUGCUGAUCGGUAUAUAGAUAUGAUUGGAAAAUUUUGCCGUAAUGUGGAAAGUAUUAAAUUUGGUGAAAUCAAAGUCAGUCCAGGCAUUUUGAGAAAAUGGUCGACCAACUGGACAAAAUUAACAAAAUUGGAAUUUGAAUAUUGUACCGUAAAUGAUAAUUGUUUCAAAACAAUAAAGCAGAUUCCUAAUUUAAUUUCCUUAGCUGUAAAGAGUAGCUCUGAUAUCACAGGAAGAUAUAUAGAUGAAAUGGUGAAUCUAACAGAACUUAGUUUAGAUGGUUGUGUUAAUGUUACUACUGGUAACUUGACUUCCAUUAUAAAAAAACUUAAGGACUUAACUAAGCUUGAUAUUCGUCGUUGCGAGCGCAUUUCUACACAAAGUCAGCUUGAUUACAUUAUUUCGAAACACACCAAAUUGUCUGAACUGAAACUUUCCAUUACUAAAUUGAAAUGGAUUUUGGAAAUGCCACAGCUCACGCACUUAGAAGUACAAAAUCGUAUUCCUUAUUUUAUUAUGUCAAAUCAUUUAUUCCAAUCAAUGAUAAGAGGAGUGGAUUUAAAAAUUGAAUAUCUUUCACUAGAUGUGAUGGAUGCGGUUAGCUUGGAACGGACUAAAGCAAUUACGAAUUUGAAAAAUUUAAAGUAUCUUAAAAUUUAUUCCAGUUCACAACUAAAUGAUGAAUGUUUACGCCUGCUCGCCGAAAACCUUAAGCAAUUGGAAGUAAUUGAUUUGGAGAAGUGUAAAUCAAUUACUGAGUCUGGUUUGAUUACACUUGUUAAGGAUUGUAAGAACUUAAAAAAGCUUUGUCUUAAAGGCGUCAAAAAUAUCACAGAAACAUUUAUUUUAAAUGUCAUUAAAGAACUUAAGUCAAAAGUUACUGAUAUAUCAGCACCUUUCGAGAUUCUAUUAUCAGGCACAUCAACUGCUUACACCAUACUACAGAAUGAUGUAUAUAUAAACUCCAAAUCAUUGGUGAAUGUAAAAAUUGAUAAUACAUAUAAUGAUUUCUGUGAUGAAUUAGAAUCCGACUACUCCGAUAGUGACUUCGAUCUGAAUUCGGACGAAGAGGACGGUUUUGAUGUAUGGCAUGCCAUCAUUAAUAAUUUUGAUAUCGAGUACUCUGAUGAUGAUGACGAUGACUACCUUUUUUAUGAUCAUGACUUAUUGGAUGAUUUCGACAACUUAUAUAAUAUAAUUCAUUUUUAACUCAAGAAAUUUAAUUUAAAUAUUAUUUGUUCAGUUACUUUUUUUUACAAAACACAAAAUUUAAAGAACAAUCU